AUGGAGCGUCGGAGGAAACGACAGGAACAACAACAACAACAACAACAACAACCCGAUGAUAAUAUUCAUCGAGCUCGUUCUCGGAAACUCUCACUGAGCCUCGAUAUUGUUAAUAAACCAAAUUUUUCACCACCCCGUGUUGCCGGUAUACGCAGUUUACUUUCUCGCGAAAUCCACUCUGUUCAUGAUCAUGUCGCCGAAUCUUCUCAAUCUGUUGGUAGUAUAGCACCAGUUGAAAGAAAAUUUUCCGAUCCAGAAUUUUUACCUCUACCCGAAAGUAUUGCACGAGGUGAUGAAGGAACUUCGUUUCUCGGUGUAAAAUAUCAAGGACGUGUAGCAGGAUGGCUACGCCCAGAACGUAUUCGAUGGCCUACUGAAGACAAACAUUAUCCAAUAGCGGUAUUCAAUCAACCACACCCAAAAGAUAUUAUUCAAGGACGUCUUGGUAAUUGUUGGCUUAUCGCUGCAUUAUCAUUAAUUGCCGAAGUUCCACAAAUUCUUUAUAAAGUAAUGAUUACUAAACGACAUAAUCCUGUUGGACUUUAUCGAGUUCGUUUAUGUAAUCAAGGUAUUUGGCAAGUUGUCACUAUUGAUGAUUUGCUACCUGUAUCAACAUCGAAUUCGCUUGUAUUCUCGAGAAGUAAAAAAAAACAACUCUUUGCACCAUUAAUUGAGAAGGCGUUAGCAAAAAUGCAUGGUAGCUAUAUGGCACUUAAAUCUGGAAGAUGUGAUGAAGGCUUACAGACAUUAACAGGUGAACCAUGCGAAGUACUUUUUUUACGAUCAUCAGAUCCAGAAAAAAAACCCGAUCUCAAUCAAAUAUGGUUGAGUAUUCUUCAGUCACGAGUAAAAGGAUAUCUUAUGACAUGUCCAUGUUCGAACAAACGAUUUAGUGAACAAAUCUUUAAUCGGAUGGGUUUGGAAUCGGAUCAUGCUUAUAGUAUUCUUGACGCGCGCCAAGUUAAUUCUCAAAGGCUUGUUCGCUUACGCAAUCCAUGGGGUGAAAAAGAAUGGAAAGGUGCAGUACAUGAGAAUUGGACUAAAUGGCCGAAAGCUCUCAGAAAUAAACUUACUACAUCGUCAGUUAAUGAUGGUGUUUUUUGGAUGCCUUGGGAACAAAUGCCUUCAUUCUUUAGUAGUGUUACAAUUUGUAAAGUUAAUGCAAACUGGCAUGAAGCUCGUAAACGAGGUCAAUUCAGUGAUUUUUCUUCUACAAUAACAUCGGCCUAUGGCCUUGAAUGUCCGUAUGGAGCUGAACUUGAAAUCGAAGUAUUUAAUGCUGGUGAUGGAAAUUAUUAUAAUCGUUUGAAAGAUCCUGAUGUUGAUCUAUUUUUAAUUUUACUUAGUUCAAACGGCUAUUGUAGAGCCUAUAAACAUGAUGUUGAUUAUUAUAUAACAUUAUCAACAGUUGUGCCUCCUGGUCGUUAUCUUAUAUUAGCUGGUUCAAUGUCCGUAGUUAAUUAUAUGGUUUAUCCAGCUUUCAAUUUAGUUGUACAUGGAAGUCAACCCUUUGUCGUACACGAUCAACCAGCGUCCUAUGAACUAGUGGCGGAUGCAUUUCAUGCAGUCGCUGUUCGUGCUAAUAAUCGACAGGAUAUGGGUGGUGGUGUGUCGAUUUUAACAUUUGAUGAUAAUGGAAAUUUUGGACUUGUCUGUGAAAAUAAAUCCAAUCGAACCGUUCGGCUCAGUAGUAAUUUUCAAGGUUCAAAAAAUGUUCUUUCCUCUCGACAUGCAUUUCAAAUGAUUGAUACGAUUCCAGCUCGAAAACAACAACUUAUUGCUAUAUUUACGCGAAAAAUGUUUUCUAAUGACGUGCAAAUCGCAUAUCAGGCUUCGGGCGAACUACUUGAUCCUGAUCAUUACACUCGUGCAAAAAACAAUCCUCCUAUUCCUCCGCAAGCUUACGGUCUUCAUAUAUUGAGAUCUAUUCAUUGA